AUGUCUCCAUACCUCGAUAUGGAUGAUCUUGACAGCCUGCAAAUAAGUAUCAACUCCAAAGCUUUGCGCCUCUUCAAAGAAAGAAAAGGGCAGGCCCCAUUGCAAGUUAGUAGACUCUUCAGAGAUAAGGGUGGAGAGAAAACGGACAAUUCAUGUUUUGUUCGGGACCAACAUGUCUGGGACAAGUCCCAAAUCGAAGCCUUGAGAAAAGACUUUCGUAAUUCGACCCAAAUGUUUUAUAUUCGCCAAGCCCGCUCAUGGACAACAAUAGACAUUUCAAGAGAACUGUUCGAAGACUUCAUGGAUGUUUAUACAGUAUUUCCACCUUUCUGGAAAUGUAUUUUUACGUUUGGUCUGAAAAUAGCUGAAAAUGAGUUUGAAUUUCCUGGUUUCAGAGGGAGACGAACUCGUGAUACGGAAGGAGGUCAAGACACGUAUGAAUCUGCCUAUGUGCUUCGCAGGGCAGAGAUUAACGGGCGCGGUAACCAGGAGGGCCAAAAGGAAUGGUCAAUACGGCAAACUGCUAUCUAUCUCCAGCUUCAAUUUUCAACAACACAAGAAAGAACUCCCAAUAGACAACCGAGAUCUACCUUCUUAGUAAUUGCACCAUCUAAGAACAUGGAGACUCAGCUAGCGGGAGCCUUUGAGCAAAGCCUUCAAAAGGAUUUCUAUGUUUCGCCAUGGAAUAUCCAGAGACUGCUCCUUGCCGACAGCUUGAAAGGCUGGCCAGAUUAUAUGGCAAGUCUACAAAAACGCUUAAAGAAGCAGUCGGAUCGAAUUGUGGUUGCAGAGGUUGGAUAUAAAAAAGAGAACCUCUCUCCUCUAGAUAUCACCAUCAACUUCGAAGACCGCCAAGAUUUGAAAAUCAUAGAGGAUUCAAUCAUCGAUCUGGAUGUCAUAUUGCCGACGAUGUUAAACACAAUAAAGAGGAUCCGGGAGCAGUGCCAGAAAUGCAAUGAGGGAGUAGGAGACGACGAAAGAUGUUACCUGGAAGAAAUCUUGGAAGAGUUUGACGAAUAUGUCAAAGAAGCCGAGAUUCUCGUGCAACGAGCCAAUAUCCUAAAGGAAACAGCACGUUCUACUUCCCAGCUGAUUUCUAAUCUACUGAGCUAUGAGGAAGCAGUCGCUUUGAAAGAUCUCACGAAAGAGUCGCAAGCAGAGAAUACUUUAAUGCGAGGACUUGCAGAGAGAAGCACAAAAGAUGCUGCAGCGGUCAAGAUCCUAACUGUCAUCACCCUCGUCUAUUUGCCUACAACGAUCGUGGCUAAUUUCUUCUCGACCGAGUUUGUCCAGACAAAUGAUAGUGGUCAUAUGACUUUGACAAGCAAUGCAUGGUUACUUGCUGCAAUCGCGGUUCCCUUGACCGUCUUCACAGUUAUGCUUUGGUGGACCUGGGUACAUUUCUUUACCCAUGUCACAGCCGCACCUCCUGCCCCAGAGCCUCUGCAGAGACAUGGACGCCAGGAUAGCUUCCGGUCUUUCCUGUCGUUCAAAAAGAAGAAGCAGCUCCCAUCCGACAUAGAGACCGGGCCCAGUUCUUUGCAAACACCUCCAUUUUCUCCUGCAUCAUUUCACGAUUCUGCCAUUGGAACUUGGUCCACCACUGCAACGACCGCGAAAAUAGGGCUCAAAGCAUCCUUCCCAAUGGUUCGAACCGCGCUCAAAUGCUUGGUGCAACCUUUUACCAGCAUAUUUCGCCCAUCGCAAAAGAAACAGGAAAAGGCGGAAACGGAAGAGAAAGCUAAACAACAGCAAAGAACCCCGCCAACGUCCAACGGCGAUGAUCCUGCUUCGAAGCCAAUUGAUUCGCCUGGCCCCUCAGCUCCCAAGAUCGCGAUUCACAGAGCAACAGAGCUUAUCCCUACCUUAACCAAAGAAAAUUCAGCUCUAUCGCCCAACUCGUUAGUUCCAGAAGAGUCAUCUAGACGAAAUUCUGAAUCCUCAUCGCAGUGCAGCCGGUCAGACAGCAAAGGGUCUACGACUGAUGGCGAUUCGCUCAAAAAAAGAUUGCGCCGCGCCCGCAAAGAAUGUCUCAAGCGUUCCCAAAACUUCUUCGUUCCAAUAGCUGCGCAAGACGAAUUGUUAACAAAGGAUGCGAUCGCGAAGGAUAUACAAGCAAGAAACCCGGGAAUUGGAGAAGAUGAGGCUCAUAAAUGUGCGGAGAAGGCCCGCCAAUGCGCCAAACAACUAUGUGCAACUCUAGCAUAUAUUGGAAAGGGCGCUGAUAUAUGCACACUUCUCCAGGAGGGGAUAACGGAUCAAGAUUUGCCACUAGUGCGGGCAUCUGAUGGAUCAUUUGCUCUGCAGCGUCGAACUGGAGAGCCGAUUAAGACUUUUGAAGAAUGGAAUGACGAAGAUCUCGAGGAUUUCGACCGCAUACAAUACUGGAUGACCGCACCGGUCUUCCAAGACAAAGAGCAUAAAAAUUUGGACGAAAAAGACAUCCUUCCAUUCAUGAAGUUCAAGUCCUCUGAGACGCAGCAGGCAAAGCUAGGCGGGUACAGUGAGGUGUUUCCAGUUCGGAUACAUCCUGCUCACCAUGAGUUUUGGGAGCCCUAUGGCUGUGAGGAUAACGAGCCACUCGUUGCUGUGAAACAGCUGUUCUCCCCCGACGAGACUGAAUUCGAGAAGGAAGUGUCCAUCCUUAAGGCGCUUGGCAGCAAGUCUCCCCCGCAUCCCCAUCUCAUCAAACUUCUCGCCACAUACAAGAGGGAGGAGAAAUAUCACUUGAUGUUCCCUUACGCAAAUGCCAACCUGAGAACGUAUUGGGAGGAACGGCCUACACCCAGCUUUGAUGAAGCGAAUGUCUUAUGGUCCAUGAGACAGAUGACUGGAAUUGCGAAUGCCCUGAAUCUAAUCCACCACUUCAGUGUGACGAUCCCGUUGAACGUUCCCGGUCCUGGGGAAGUGAGACUCCAAGAGGACGUCAAAUUGAGCGUUCGCAAAGGUGAAGAAUUGUUCGGGCGACAUGGGGAUAUCAAGCCAGAGAAUGUAUUAUGGUUUAAAGAGAGUCGCGAGAGCAAAGAUGCGAUGGGUGUUUUACAAAUCGCGGACUUUGGCUUGGGCCGAUUUCACGGCCGAGAAUCCCGUUCCAAGGUUCCUCCUGAUGGUGUAUUUUCCUCCCCGACAUAUGAGCCACCUGAAUGCAAGCUCCGCCAUCCAGUCUCACGGGCUUAUGACAUCUGGAGUCUCGGCUGUCUCUACCUAGAAUUCAUCACCUGGCUCCUGAAAGGCACUGCUGAGAUAGAAGGGUUCUCCAACUUCCGCGGACGCGACUCGACAAACACGGGAGUAAACAACGACAAAUUCUUCACCAUGGUCGAAGAAGGAACAGCUGCCACUGUUCGAGAUGAAGUUGUCACAUGGAUUGAUCAACUUCACUGCCACGAGCGAUGCUCACAGCUUAUCCACGACCUUCUUGAUUUGAUAAUGAAAGAGCUCCUGAUCAUCGAGUCGAAGAAACGCAGCAACUCUGUAUGGCUGUUUCGGCAACUGAACAUGUACCUGGGAAAAGCUGAAAAGGACAAAGAAUACAUGCUCAAACCCGUACCACGAGAACAGAAACCACCAAACGAACGGUCGCACUCAACACCCACUGGUCUUGGACCCCCGAAGCACGGGACGCGAAUCUCAUUCUCGGACUCUCCACCAAACCGCCUUGCAUCUAAGACACUGUCGAAUAUCCAGACCGAUAAUGCCCCAAAUGAUGUAGUGCUGAGGAAGAUGGGAACGCGAAACUACAGGCCGAAGAAAGGAGUCACUUGGCCAGCAGUCCGUCCCGUCCAAGGCUGA